AUGCAUAAAUAUCGCCGUCAAGCGAAAUAUGCUGCAUGGUAUGACGAGCCGGAUUCAACCACCCGCGUUCCAAACCCUUUCAAAAAAUGGCGCCCUGAUUCAAGGUCAAAUACCCUACGGAAUGUAGAGGAUGGCAACGGCUAUCCAUUGAACCAAACAAACACCGACGAUCCUGAUGAUUACAGACUCGGAACUGGCGAGGCACGACGACACGACUUAGCAGGUCAACCCUCGAGUCGGCAUGCUGUAUCAACACCCAAUGCGACAUCUAAUCCACGCUCAUUCAACCCUGGUGAGGGAAUACAGAUCCCAAGAUCUAGCAGUCCAUCCAAUUCCAUUUCGCAAACCAAAAAAGAUUAUCCCCCUGACCGCGCUGAGACCGAAAUGAGCGAACAGACUUUUGUCGGCAAUGGCGGCCCUACAGAGGAGAAGCAUGCCAUCCGGAAUCGCGCUACUGGAGACUCGGUUGAAAAGCAUGGCAUCAAGAAGCUUUUUUCCAAGAAGAGUACUGGAGACGAGAACUCUACAGAGUACAAAAACGGAAAAGAAAAGAAGAAGUUUACGGCCAUGAGCCAGAUCCGUGCAACCUUGUUGAAUUCUUGGAUCAAUGUCCUUCUGAUCGCCUCGCCAAUCGGCAUUGCAGUUCACUACGCGGGUGUCAACGAAGUCGCGGUCUUUGUCAUCAACUUCAUUGCCAUCAUCCCGCUUGCUGCAAUGUUGAGUUAUGCCACCGAAGAAAUCGCUCUUCGAACUGGUGAGGUGAUCGGAGGGCUGCUCAACGCUUCUUUCGGAAAUGCCGUCGAGUUGAUUGUCUCCAUCAUCGCGUUGGCAAAAGACCAAAUCCUGAUUGUGCAGACCUCUCUGAUUGGCAGUAUGCUUUCCAACUUGUUGCUAGUCCUCGGAAUGUGUUUCUUCUUUGGAGGUGUCAAUCGCAUUGAGCAAGCUUUCAACAUGACUGUCGCACAGACUGCUUCCAGUUUACUCUUCGUCGCAGUCGGCAGUCUUCUCAUUCCUACAGUGUUCGAACAAUGGGCUCAGGGUACGGAUACGGUCAAUGGUGACCCGCCUACACCGUUGCGUCCAGGUGACAGAGUAAAGCAAAUCAGCCGUGGUACAGCAAUCCUCCUUCUGUUCGUUUACGCCUGCUACCUGUUCUUCCAACUCAAGAGCCACACAGAGAUGUACAACGCGCCAAGUGAGAAAAACUCGAAAAGAGCGGUUUCUCGCAAGUUCAAGGCUGCUGUGAUCCCGGACAAAUUCAGACGCCAAACCGCCGAUGAGCGUAGAGUGGCAGAAAUGGAAGCAGAACAGGAGGUUGUGGAAGACGAACCUGAGGAGCCACAGCUCGCCAUCUGGGUUGCAUUAUUGACCUUGGCCGCCUCUACUGUACUUGUUGCUCUCAACGCCGAAUGCCUCGUCGACUCGAUAAAUUCCAUCACCUGUGGAGGUGGCAUUUCGAAAAACUUUGUCGGUUUGAUCCUUCUGCCCAUUGUCGGCAAUGCGGCCGAACACGCUACAGCGGUCACCGUGGCAAUCAAAGACAAGAUGGAUCUGGCAAUUGGUGUUGCCGUUGGUUCAAGUAUGCAGAUCGCUCUUUUGGUCUUGCCACUCACUGUGAUUCUCGGAUGGAUCAUUGGGAAAGAUGACAUGACCUUGUUUUUCGACGGGUUCCAAAUUGCGGUUCUCUUUGUCGCCAUCCUUCUCGUCAACUACCUGAUCCAGGACGGCAAGUCACAUUGGCUUGAAGGUAUCCUUCUUUUCGUCCUGUACGUUAUUAUUGCAGUGGCCGCUUGGUUCUAUCCAACCGCGAAAGGCUUCAGUGACUGUCCCAACGAAUAA